AUGUUUCGUCUGAGCUUCGCACUGCUUGCUGCAGCUCUCGUCAAUUUUUCACAAGCCCAGAACGAGUCCGAGAUCGAAUCUGCAGUCCGGUUUCUAUUUCCAGAUAGUUACUGCUGCACUGUGUUAACCCUCAGCCCCGUAGCCAAGCAUGUCGCUUUUCCUGGACAAAGUUUAUACAAUACUAGUGUUGACUCGUAUUUCGAUGUCAAGAGUAAAUUGACGCCCAAUUGUAUUGUGCAACCGACUAGCGCAGAAGAAGUUGCUACAACAGUGAAGGUCCUCACAGCUGCCAGCCUUCUAAAGCCUUGCAAAUUCGCCGUACGAUCCGGUGGUCACACUCCGAUCCCGGGCUCUAACGACAUCGAGGACGGUGUGACCAUCGACCUGCAGCACAUGAACAGUACUACGUACAAUGCCCACACGCAAGUAGCAAGUAUUGGGCCAGGUGGACGAUGGGCCGGCGUAUACUCGACCCUUGAGCCGCUAGGACGAAUGGUCGCUGGCGGUCGUGGCUCUACCGUUGGUGUUGGCGGCUAUCUCAUAGGUGGUGGAAUAUCUCACUUUGCCCCUCGUGUUGGAUUGUCGUGUGACAACGUCGUCAACUUCCAGGUCGUCCUCGCUAGUGGACGCAUUGUGAAUGCCAACAAGAACACCAAUGCCGAUCUCUUUACUGCCCUCAAGGUAAACUAUAUUCUUGAAGUUAAAAAAACUUUCGAAAACGAGAAUCUAUGGGGAGGCAUCGUCACUUAUCCAGCGUCGACAGCCGAUCAGCAUUUCAAAUCUUUUGUUGAUUUCGGCUUGGACCCAAACCGCGACCCCAAUGCCGCGUUGAUUGUCUUCCAAGGCUAUUCGACUGCGAGCCCUACGAAUGUUGUGCGAGCUGCUUUCGAUUAUACGAAGCCUGUUGCUCGCCCAGAUGCCUACAAGGAGUUCUAUGCCAUCACCAACAACAUCAGCGAUACCACCAAAAUCCAACCCAUGAGCGCGGUCGCUGCAGAGUUCGGCAGCACUACCACUAGCAGGGUCCAAUUCCGCACUCUGUCUUUCAAACUCGACCUCGCUACUCUUCAAGAGACAGCCCGUCUCUAUGAAAUCAUGCUUGCAGAAAUUCAGGCGAAGGCAUCCGGCUCGUGGCGUAUCUCUUGCCUACAUCAAGUAUGGUCCACGCUUUACACCGCGAACAGCACAGCCAGGGGAGGCAACGUGCUUGGUAUGGAGCGGUAUACCGAGAACUUCGACAUGUAUCAGUCGUAUCUCUCUUGGUCUGAAGCCAAGGAUGAUGAGCUCUUCAUCAACCAAGGUCUCGCAUUGACCAACGGCAUUCAGAAGUUUACGGAGGAGCAUGACACUGCAGUGGAAUACCUUUACCUCAACUAUGCCGAUAAGGACCAAGAUCCUCUUUCCGCCUAUGGAGCUGAUAAGGUGGCGUUCAUGAAGAAGGUCGCAAAGAAGUACGACCCUCUAGGCAUCUACCAGAGGUUGCUUCCAGGAGGUUUCAGGAUUUCUAAUGUUUAG